UUGGCACAAUACCUGUGCCAAUAUAUCCUCCAAACACCAGCUUCAAGGGCAUUAUCACUUUUUAAAAAAUCUGAUUGAUUGAAUUCUCCCUGUGGUAUAUUUUAAAGGGCACUUAAUUUAAUAUAACAAGCUUUUAAAAUACAAUAUUGGCAAUUUCUAUUUAAUGCAAAAGGAACUCUUUUCAUUACACUUUUUUGGUGAAACCAAAUAGUUUAGGUUAGGUUGAUCAAGGACACCACGCUACUGUUCUUAAAAGUCCAAAUUGUUAAUAUAAAUAUUAUUGAUAUAAAUGCCUAGUUGCGGAUGAAGCCACCUAAAGUGGGAACCCUCUCCAUUGAGUUACCAUGGGUAGGUAGGAUACAUACAUAUUAUGAAUAGUCCUUAAAAAAUAUGUCAUUUAGUAGGCCUAUUUAUUAUAUAGCCUUAAAGUAAAAAUUACACACUUGUAUUACAGUAAAGUAAAUGCCACGUUUACCUGUUCUGGCGCACUUCCUGGAAAAUUGCAGCUCUGUGUGGAUGCAUCCCACUAAGCAAGGACCGACGCCGACGUCUUUUUUAGGGCCAGUCUUGAUUUCAAACCAAUCAUAGGCGUCUAUGUUUGGUUCAGAUUUUGGUCUUAUUUGGGAACUACCCAGCAUGCUUUACAAGUGUUUGUUUAACAUUUACAUUUUGGUCACUUUUAUCCAGAGCGACACACAGUCAGUGCUAAGAUAGAUAAUCAACAUAUCACAGCCAUGGCAAGAUUUUUUUAUUUAUUUAACCUUUAUUUAACUAGGCAAGUCAGUUAAGAACAAAUUCUUAUUUACAAUGAUGGCCUACCAAAAGGCAAAAGGCCUCAUGCAGGGACAGGAGCUGGGAUUAAAAAGAUAUAAUUUUAUAAAAAAUAUAAAUAUUGGACAAAACACACAUCAUGACAAGAGAGACAAGAGACAAGAGAGACAACACAACACUAUAUAAAGAGCGACCAAAGACAACAACAUAGCAAGACAGUAACACAUGACAACACAGCAUGGUAGCAACACAACAUGACAACAACAUGGAAGCAACACAACAUGGUAGCAGCACAAAACAUGGUACAAACAUUUUUGGGCACAGACAACAGCACAAAGGGCAAGAAGGUAGAGACAACAAUGCAUCACGCAGGGCAGGCACAAAUGUCAGUAAUAGUGUCCAUGAUUGAGUCUUUGAAUGAAGUGAUUGAGAUAAACUGUCCAGUUUGAGUGUUUGUUGCAGCUUGUUCCAGUCACUAGCUGCAGCAAACUGAAAAGACAAGAAACCUAUGGAUGUGUGUGCCUUGGGGACCUUUAACAGAAUGUGACUGGCAGAACAGGUGUUGUACUGUAUGUAGAGGAUGAGGGCUUCUUAGAUAUCAUGUUUGACUGCUUUGAAAUUCAUGCUGUUUUAAAGAUUGUAAAAUAAAUGUAUUAUAGCUCCAAUCUUCAGUUGGCUCCCAUUUCCUAUAUUAAAUGGAUUUACAAAUUAUUAUUAUUAUAUAAUGCUUACUUCAUUGAGUAAUUUUGCCAUUAUUUGGAAAUUAAUGACCAAAAAAGACAUCUUGUCAAUGUCUGUAAAUUGUGUCUUUUCAACUUUAAUUCAGAACUGAAAAGGAACCUGAUUUAAUCCGGUAAAUAUACAUUUUCAACAUCAGGAAAAUACUUAUUUUAAACAUCAGGAAAAUACUUAUUUUAAACAUCAGGAAAAUACAUAUGUUCACCUUUCAUUCAGAACAUUUAAUGAAUGUCUGGAAAAUACAAAUCUAAAAUUCACAUUUUCAAUGUCAUUUUGCUUACUGGGUGUAGCUUCUGUGCAGAGGUCAUGAUGACUUGAAAUCAUUGCCUGAAGUAGAAAGAAGCAAGUCUGAAGAAAGCAUUCAUCACAGACGUUGCCAAGAUACAGAGUAACUAAAUUGCAUGUUGUGCAGCUAAGCAACAACCGUAAACUAAGGCUUGGGAGCAUGCUGUGUGCUGAGUCACAAAAAGCAAACCUGUAAUAGUGAUUGUGGCGUGGUAGACUACCACUGGAAAUGUUCAAGUGCAGGGAAUUACUUUUCUCUCCGUAUUCGUUGACACUCCUACUGCUGCACCGAAUCCUGACGUUAAGAAAAAUACUUAUCUCAGCAAGGUGUAUUUAGUGGGAAGCGAUGAGUCAGCUUGAGCUGCGUGUGAACAGGUGGCUGACUUCAAUGCAUCUCAGACAUUAGUGUUUGUUGUCACUGUCUGGGCCAGCCAGCACAGUAGCCCCCUUAGAAAGUCGUUGCGUUGACUAAGAACCACGAACUGAGUUUGCCAAUGAUUAAUUUUCAACUAUACUAAAUGCCAGAAUAUCACUAGUAGUGAUGAAAUAAUAUUCGUUUUAUUAUUUAGUUUCCAUGUGAAAUUACUAUUUUACAGCUUAAUCUCGAUGAGGUUGAGGAAGGUCAGACCUCAGUCAGUGCUCCCACUCAUUGGGAAAAUAAAGCAACAGAUCAGUACAGACUCCUCUCUCUGUCCAGAUUAUCUAUCAUCCUGUGGCCUUCCAGAAUUCACCAGGAGAGCAACAGAAUUGGCUUCGGCAGGGACUGCCAUGCCAUUGUUGAGAACUGGGUAAUGUUGACUGCCUACUGUAUAUCUUCCAUGGAUCAACUUUACCUCACGUGAUCCUCACAGUUUGCUCAUACUGUAGAUGGCUUGCUGAUUUAUAGCCGAAAAACAAAUGAAACAAGCACUGCACCCAGACACCAGUCACAAACAGCCACCUGGACACACAGAUAGGCCUAUCACAAGCUCAACGGCAGCAUACUCUGCAAUUUGGCCACCCCUUCCCUAGCCACACACUACUUUUUAUAUAACCAAUCAACAUGAGCUUGUAAGUGGCAUCGGAUAAUGAAUGAUGACUGUGACUGAAUUGAUUGUACCGACCUCCCCUGUGCUCAUAAUAUUGUAAGUGUUGUGUGUGCAGACUGGGCUGUACUGGGGGCUGUUCAUCUGGGGGCUGAGCUCUUGAAGCACUGGUACAAUGUGAGCGGUGUCUGGUGUGUGCCAGUCUACCUUUCCUCCCCCUGUGAUGGUAAGUAGGGUCUUAGCAAACUAAUAUCACAAAAGAAACAUGCGCAUAGUAAAAAGCACAAUCAAAAGGGUAGAGGAAUAGUAUUGGUAUUGCUGACAGUAUUGGUGCUGAAACUGUAUAGUGAUCCUGUUCCUUUUUGCAGACUCCUUGGCUGGUAUCUGUGAGGCAGCAGGGAUCCAGGAUGUCUGUUGGUACCUGUAUUGGGAUAUGGAGCAGAGGGGUGUGGGUGUGCAGACAAUGAUGGCGGAUCUGGAGAUGGCUCCAGAGCAGAGUGUCAUUGUUCUGUCUGCUUCUUCUCACUGCCCUACUGGUUCAGACCUCUCCCAGAAGCACUGGAGACUUAGUCCUCACAGAGUUUAUGGGCCCAUGCCACGGGGUCUUUGAAUAAGACUCCUGGCCAAUGUGUCAGUGUGCCUCUGGGGAUGGAGCUUCUGUCCUUCUCCUACAGCUUUGGGCUUUACGGCACCUCUGGCCCUUUCUACAGUGUGACGUGCUUGACCUACUAAGAUGGAGGGCAGUGGGUGGGCUGUAGAUCUGGCCUCUCCUGAGCCGUGUGUGGCUGGCAUGGAGGGGAACACCAGCAGUCAGGUUUUUGAGGUGGCGCUGCAAAACUCCUCCUCGUCUAAACGCAGCCCUCAGUUUGUGGGGGUGGAGCUGCCGCAGUCCUUCAAGCUGCUCAUCAUCCCCUGCUAUGCCCUGGUGGUGCUGAUCGGGGUAUUUGGCAACUACCUGUUGCUCUACGUCAUCUGCCGCACCCGCAAGAUGCACAAUGUCACCAACUUCUUCAUAGGGAACCUGGCCUUCUCCGACAUGCUGAUGUGUGCCACAUGUGUCCCCUUCACCUUGGCCUAUGCCUUCAACCCCCGCGGCUGGGUGUUUGGGAGGUUCAUGUGCUACCUGGUUUACCUCAUCCAGCCAGUAACGGUCUAUGUGUCUGUUUUUACUCUCACUGCUAUUGGUGUUGACAGGUACUAUGCCACAGUGCACCCACUGAAGAAGCGGAUCUCAGUGCUGGCGUGUACCUACCUCUUAUCUGGGAUCUGGCUGCUCUCCUGUGGGCUUGUGGCCCCGGCUGUAGCCCACACUUACCAUGUGGAGUUCAAGAAUGAGGGCUUCACCAUCUGUGAGGAGUUCUGGAUGGGCAAAGAGAAAGAGAGGUUGGCCUACGCCUACAGCACACUCUUCAUGACCUACGUCCUGCCUCUCUCUGCCCUCUGCAUCUCUUACCUCUGUAUCUCUGUCAAGCUGCGUAAUUGUGUGGCGCCUGGCCACCGCACCAAGAGCCAGGCCGAGGCCCAGCGAACCCGCAAGCGUAAGACCUUCCGUCUGGUCACCUUGGUGGUGGCGGCCUUCGGCGUGUGUUGGAUGCCCAUCAGUGUAUUCAACGUGCUGCGGGACAUUGACAUUGACCUGAUUGACAAGCGCUUCUUCCUGCUCAUCCAACUGCUGUGCCACCUGUGUGCUAUGAGCUCCUCCUGCUGUAACCCUUUCCUGUACGCCUGGCUACAUGACCGCUUUCGCGCCGAACUGCGCAAGAUGUUCACCUGCCACCGCCGCAUCGGCAUCCCUGCCAACAACUGUGCCACAAACAGCGUGGUGCUGUGAACCACUUCAUCCCACGAUGCCACCUUACACUGGAUGUGUUCAGAGAAUGUCCUGAGGUAUUUGGUCCUGGAACUAGCUGGAUGAUUUUCUGUCAGGUUUUUGCAUAAGAUAAGAAUGUCAAAUGAAUUUAAUUUACAAUUAACCUUAAAAAUAUUUUGUGAAUAAUAGAUUGUUGUGCAUAUUAUGUACAUUUCUACAUGAAGU